AUGGACCAUGUGGUGGACAUAUUGGAGAAGAGGCGGACAGCCCCCAUGGGAGACCGCGGCACUGUCAUCAACAUUGUGUCUUGGCUGUUGACAGUCGUCGCGAUAUGCGUCCUCACAGCGAGAUUCACGAUGAGGCUUUCGAUUAAAGACAAGACGCGUCGAUUUGGGCUCCAUGAUCUUUUCAUUGUUCUGGCAUUCCUGUUUAGCAUCGGUCAAACCAUUGCCGUGUCCGUGGAAUCAAUACAGGCCCUGGGCCAGCGCCGAAGCGACCUUAGCGCGAAUCAAUUCAUUAUAUUCCAGAAGACUGAGUAUGCCGGCUGUAUACUCUACAUUGCGAACAUGGGCUGCGCUAGGAUAUCUCUAUGCUUGCUCAUCAAAGACAUUCUUCCCGGCUCGACGGCACGCAUCACGGCUCUCAUCUUCGCUGCAUUCACAACCCUCUGGACAGUUAGUGGUGUCCUUGUAGCUGCAUUUGCAUGCUCACUGCCCAAUCCGUGGCAGUGGGGCAACGGAGAGACAUGCAUCAACGUUUCUUACUGGGUCAACUACGUCGGAAGCACGAAUAUUGUUGUUGAAAUACUUCUAAUCUCGAUACCCCUUUGCAUAUGGAACGUCCGAACCUCCGCUGGCCGGCGCAUGUCUGUUUCGCUAUUAUUUUUAUCUCGCCUGAGCGUUGUUGCCGCUGUUGCCGCGCAGCUACACUUCUUUAACCAACGUGGUACUGGCGACGUCACUUACGACUAUUGGCGUACCGUGCUCUGUAUUCAGAUCGCGCAGAACCUGUCCGUCAUCACCGCCUGCCUCCCUAGCCUGCACCCUUUCAUAGUCAAGAUGCUUGCUGGUCUCAUCAAGAGCCCGGAUAUCAGCAAAUCGACUUGCCGCGAGAAGAUAAGCAUAUUAUCGCGCUUCGUCGGACAGAGGCACUUUGAUUCGAUGUCAUCGCAGUCGUCCAAUAUGCCCAUCAAGCAAGAGAAGGAAGAGGUAUACUGCGCGCCGCUGGCGACUUGGGGGCUUGAUCGAGCAUCCACACACCUCACAUCGCCCCAAUUCAACCGCUUCCCCGUGAACGUUGCGACACCAAGAGACAGUCCAGAGCCGCCGAAGGACGUGUUCAUGCGCACUGUUGAGAUACCCACCAGCGCCUCACGCUCGGCUAGUCUUAGGCGGAAAUCUACAGUCCGCAGCACACGCAGCACAGUUCGCAAUUCGCGAGGCAUCCCUCAGAUCCCUGAGAUCCCCAAGUCGCUAUCCGAAGUGGGCGUCCUGCCGAUGAUAGAUUGGGACACGGAUAGCAGCGUGAGCGAUAGGACGGACAGCCAGCAGAGCAGGAGACCGCCUUCGGACUACAUAUUCAAAAGAUCUAAAGUCAUCAGCGUGCCCGAGGAAAGUUAUCUGAAGGACCAAGGGGGAGAGGGGCAGUACUACAAAAAGUACUACCCACCGUUACCUAGCCCAAAGGUCCCCAAGAAACCUCCUAGAGCAUUUUAG